GUUGGAGAUCUCAAUUUACAACAUAUUGUUGCUUUUUUGCUUCCCGGAAUCGGGAAUUUUCGCAUUUUCUCUCAACAAUAUGCUCCUGAAGAAAAAUCAACUCAGCUGUUUGCACUCAGUUGGUUUAUAGUGAUGGCCUAUUCUUAAAUUCUAUGUACGCACAGCCAUGCAAUCUCAACCUACAUCUGCCACGAACAGCAAAAAUUUAAGUCGGGUCAGGUUUAUUGCUCAUAUCUCUUCCAGUUUACGCCUCCCAACAUCGCGCGUUUGGUUCGAUUGCCGGAAAAUCAGUAGCUGCCCUUGUCUUGCGAUCGAUCGUAGGUUGUUUGAAUCACGGGUUCGUAGAUAUGGGUUUCGCUUUCGAGUGCGUGCGGUGGACGAUGAUUCAUUCUCGUUCAAUGACUGGGGGGACAACGGUAGAGUAGUUGAGUACAUGUAUUCAUCAAGUGAUGGAGAAGGCAGUGAUGGAGAAAUUAUUCUGCAACCCAUAACUGAUGUUGAUUUGCCGACCUCCAAAGAGCAAUUUCUGCUGGACGAUGACUCCACAACAGAGACCACACACCAUAUUGCAACACUUGGCAGAACACGGACGAAAAGAAAGACUCUCAAUGGAAUUCUAAACAAUGUUGGAUUGAUGUCUUUCUCAACAUUGCUUCUUUUACUAGUGGACCAUUGUGCAUGGAGGAUUGUGCGGUUGCCCCUAGCACCUUUCUAUUUGAUGCGGCCUUUUCUAACAUCCGUGAUUUCAGUUUCUUGUUUCGGAUUUAUUUGUGGCCCUUUGUUCCAUUUGUUGAAGAUAAGGUCUAUGGGUGGACUCUAUUUUGUGCCUAUCGGGCUACUAGUUGCACAAUUUGUACUAACUUUCUCCUCCAGUGAAGUUUCUGGUGUGACAGCAGCAACUGUAGCAUUCGCUGUAAUUGGUUUAAUGGAUGAUUACUUGGGAAUCAAGAAUAAGAAUAACGGUCUGUGUGUUUGGGCAAGAGUUCUAUUGGAGGUGGAGCUCAUUUUCAAUUUCAAUAGAUACACACAUUUACUAUAUAUCUACUCUGCUUAUUUUGCUCAGGUAGCUGUUGGGACGUGUUUCUCCUACUGGUUGUACAGAACAGACGUGUCAACACCCUACAACAUGAAAAUGGUGGUCCCCUUGCCUGCGCCUUUAGGCCUUGUUUGCCUUGGAAAAUUCUACCCGAUCUUGACUGCACUCUGUUUUGUUUCCAUGACAAAUGGUAUGAAUAUAACCAAUGGGAUUGAUGGACUGGCUGCAGGCAUUGCUGCAUUAGCAUUUAUCGGGAUGUCCAUUGUGGCAUCUAUAUUUAUGGGGGAUACGGGAUCUUUGGCUUUAGGUGGGGCACUUGCUGCCAUGGCUUCUUGCACGGGAAUGUUUUUGCCGUUGUUCAUUUUGUCAGGAAUAAUUGUCUUGGAAGCAUUAUCGGUUAUCAUGCAGUUCCAUCAGUACCAAGUGGUGGGGAGAGCCCUGCCGACGGAGACGGAGGAGCACCCGAAGAUCUACCGGAUGAAGCUCUGGGCCACCAACGAAGUCCGCGCAAAAUCUAAGUUUUGGUACUUUUUGAGGAAGCUUAAGAAGGUGAAAAAGAGCAAUGGUCAGGUCCUUGCUAUCAAUGAGAUCUUUGAGAAAAACCCGACCACCAUAAAGAACUACGGGAUUUGGCUAAGGUACCAGAGCCGAACGGGCUACCACAACAUGUACAAGGAGUACCGUGACACCACUUUAAACGGUGCUAUCGAGCAAAUGUAUACUGAGAUGGCUUCCCGUCAUAGGGUCCGUUCCCACUGCAUUCAGAUCAUCAAGACUGCCACAAUCCCGGCUAAGCUCUGCAAGAGGGAGAGCACUAAGCAGUUUCAUGACUCGAAGAUCAAGUUCCCAUUGGUGUUCAAGAAGGUGAGGCCACCCACAAGAAAACUCAAAACCACAUACAAGGCAUCGAAGCCCAACUUGUUCAUGUAACUUAAGAGUUAGUUGCAUUAUUUAAUGGUGGAUAAUUUAUGCGUUUUUGUGUUUGCUGAGAGAGAGAAAGGCAUUAAAGAAUCGAGCUUCUGGAUAAAAUUUCAGUCUUUCUUGAUUGAAUUGUGUUUGGUUUUUGUUUUUGAAGUUUUCCAUCAUGAAUUUAGGAGUCGGUUGUAGGUUGUUCGAUUGUGCUAAGUCUGCAAUUUAAAUCAGGAACUCGACCACUCAUUUAAGUGUUAUGGCUGAGCUAUUAAACAAAUUGACCUACUCAACUCGUCUUAUUUGAUAAAAAAAAAAAACAGUUAAGCAAAUCAAGCUACUUGUGGGUUCAGUUCAAUUCGGC